AUGCAGUCCAGCUCAGACCAAGCUGAGGUCAUUUCAGCUGAUGUUGCUCCCCAGAAUACGGAGUGGUCAGUGGGAUCAAACCACGGGCUGUACCGGUUCCUCCAGGAUGUUGGAUCAAAGCUGGGCCUCCUUCAGCUUCAGCUUCCUUCAGCUUCACUCCUUCAGAGUGGCCCCUGCCUGAACACAAAAGAGCUCCCUAGCUCCAGUGGCACACCGGCAUUCCCCCAGUUCCUGCUGAAUUUGGACCUACAGACCCAAGAGAAAUCGUACAGCCUGUUAUGUGUCUUGGGGAACAGGGACAGGUGCUCAGACUUUGAAGAAAGCUGCGGUACUAAAAGAGAACAUUAUGGAGGAGCUCCAGGAGGACCAGCAUUCCCUGGACAAGCUCAAGAUCCUUUGUAUGGUUAUUUUGCUGCAGUAGGAGGGCAGGAUGGACAAAUAGAUGCUGAUGAGCUACAGAGAUGUCUCACCCAGUCAGGGAUUGCAGGAGCCUAUAAACCUUUCAACUUAGAGACUUGCAGACUUAUGAUCUCAAUGCUGGAUAGAGAUAUGUCUGGCACACUGGGAUUUAAUGAGUUUAAAGAACUCUGGGCUGUGGUCAAUGGCUGGAAGCAACACUUUGUAACUUUUGACAGUGAUGGAAGUGGCACAGUGGAUCGUCAAGAACUGGAGAAAGCCUUGAUGAAUAUGGGAUUUAGACUGAGCCCACAGGCUGUGUCUGCAAUCACAAAGCGAUACAGCACUCACGGAAAGAUUGCAUUUGAUGAUUACAUUGCCUGCUGUGUGAAACUCCGAGCUCUCACUGAAUGCUUUAGAAGAAGGGAUACAACUCAGCAGGGCUUUGUGAAUUUCCAGUAUGAUGAUUUCAUACAGUGUGUUAUGAGCAUCUAAAUCAAAAGGAAGCAAGCCAUGGAUGAACAUUCCAGUUUGUGUUUUGCUUUGCCAACUCUUCCAAUGAUUGUGUAUCUCAGGAUGGGAAAUUGCAUAUUUUAUGAAGUACCGCUUUACACACAUUUUUUUAGUCUUGAUAAUGAAUAUGAACUACUCACGUACCGUUGUCUAUAACUUCCAACCUGUGAUUAUUAAAGAUGCUUUUAUUUUUAUAAACUUGCAAUUCACUGUGUAUAACUCAGAUCAUGCAAAUGGUAAGAUUUUCUGUAAUGUGUUUACUUUUUUCCAAUAAUGCACUAAAACCAGUUUCUGGAGUGCAACUUACCUUUUCUGUCUUAAACAGUAACAUGUAUGACUUAAGAUGAUGACUUCUUUUGUCUUUGAUGGUAUAAGACAUGUACAAACUGAAAGAGCUUUGGAACGGUCAUUUUACACUCGUCUGUUAAAGCAUCAGUAAGUUUUGGUUGCUUAUUUUGUCAGCUGUUUUCAAGAUGAAGUUUGUGACACCAUGCACUGAGUGUGAGACUACCUGUUGGAACUCCUUGGAAGCAGGGAUGUGACAAAACGUAGCAGAGAACUCUUCUAGCUGCAUGCUCUGGUAUAGGGGCUUUUGUUCCUAUAAGAUUCUUGCUCUGUUUGUGUCACUAUAUAAAAUACUUUUAAACAUCCAAAA